ACCUCCAAUACCUUUGCAACUAUACCAACACUCAUCAUGGACCCAUACUCGCCAGAAGGAGAGCUCAUAAACAUCCACUCGGCCUUCCACGCCGGCGCAUUCCAACAAGUCCUAGACUUCGACACCUCUUCCUUCUCCUCAAGUAACGCCUUGCCCGUCCGCGUCCUGCAAUUGCGCUCCAAGAUCGCCCUCGGCCAAGCAAAAGACGUCUCCUCGGAGCUCGCCAGCGAAAAGACGCCAGACCUGAUCGCAGUAAAGCUGCUCGCAGACCAAGAACAGGGCAAAGAUGUGCUAUCGCAGGCGAAGAAGCUGGCAGAGCAGCAUGGCCAGGAGAACUUGAACGUGCAGCUGCUCGGGGGCAUGGUGCUGGAGAAGGCGGGGGAGACGGAGGAGGCGUUGGCGCUGUUGAGCAAACACCAGGGCAGCUUGGAUGCCGUAGCGCUCAUCGUACAAAUCCACCUCCAGCAAAACCGCGCAGAUCUCGCUUCCAAAGAGGCCCAACGCGCGCGCAAAUGGGCCCAGGACAGCUUGCUCGUCAACAUUGCCGAGUCGUGGGUUGGCAUGCGCGAGGGCGGCGAGAAAUACCAAUCCGCAUUCUACGUCUUCGAAGAACUCGCGCAAACCUCGCAAUCCCAAUCCCCACACUCGCUCGUCGCACAAGCCGUCUCCGAACUGCAUCUUGGCAGGUUGCCCGAAGCCGAGGCUGCGCUGCAACAAGCCAUUAGCAUCGACCCGAAGAGCGCCGACACGAUUGCGAAUUUAGUCGUGCUAAAUACGCUACUGGGCAAGACCAAGGAGACGGCCGAGCUAAAGGAGCAGUUGCAGCAGGUGGAUGGCGAGCAUAGGGCGCUGAAGGACUGGAAGGAGAAGAAGGGCGAGUUUGAGAAGGCCGCGGCCAAGUAUUCACCGAAGUUUGAGGUGGCUACGUAAAGAUGUGGAUGUGGAUUUGGUGUGAAGCAUUCAGGACGAGAGGCUUUGGCUUACCGUAUAUCACAAAUGAACAGUAGAAGACAUAUCAAGAUGCAUGAAUCAACGAUCGCAGCUACACAGAA